UUCAAGUAUAUAUCAAUGGCAUUCUAUUAUAAAUUAGCAAAAUUAAACUUUCCAUUAUUUUUGAUUUUUGUCUUUCCAAAUUUCCUACCAAAUAUGCUUUACCGUCAUCUGGGAUUGGCGAUGGGUCUUACCGUUGUUGUUGUUGUUUUUUGUUGUGCACUUGGUUUAGCUGCAUAUAUCUGGUUGGAGAAGAGGGGAAAAUCAAGAAAGCACAACGAUGACGUGAUACAAAAUCCUGAUGCGUCGAUGGAUGUUUAUAAAGAAACUGGGCCAAGGAGGUUCUCAUAUAGCGAACUGGUUGAUGCAACAAAUAACUUCGACGAAGGAGGAAAACUUGGGGAGGGAGGAUUCGGAGCUGUAUAUAAAGGGGUUUUGAGUAGCAUGUACGUCGCCGUGAAGAGGAUUUCUGCGGGAUCACAACAAGGAAAAAAGGAAUACCAAUCGGAAAUACGGAUUAUUAGCCAGUUACGGCAUAGAAAUCUUGUUCAACUCAUUGGCUGGUGCCAUGAAAAAAAUGAAUUGCUUCUUGUUUACAAAUUUUUGCCAAACCGAAGCCUUGAUAAGCAUCUAUUUCAAGGAGAAAAGGUUCUAUCUUGGGAACAUAGGUACAAAAUAGCCCUUGGGUUAUCUUCAGCAUUGCUAUAUCUACAUGAAGAAUGGGAACAACAUGUAGAUGUACUUCACAGAGAUAUUAAAUCAAGCAAUAUAAUGUUGGACUGGAAUUUCAAUGCUAAACUAGGGGAUUUUGGUUUAGCAAGGCUCGUUGAUCAUGAUCUAGGUCCUAGGACAACAGUGCUAGCCGGAACCAUGGGUUACAUGGCUCCUGAAUCCUUGAUCACCUAUAAACCAAGCAAACAAUCUGAUAUUUAUAGUUUUGGAGUUGUUGCACUUGAGAUUGCUUGUGGGAGGAAGCCAGUCGUAAGUGUUGGAGCUUCAUUAGUAAUGUGGGUUUGGGAACUCUAUGAAAAUGGAAAAAUCAUUGAAGCGGCCGAUGAGAGAUUAAAUAUGAAUUUCAAUAAACAAGAAAUGGAACGUUUGCUGGUUUUAGGCUUAUGGUGUACUCUUCUUGAUCCAUCAACUAGGCCUUCCACUAGGCAAGUGAUGAAUUCUCUAAAUUUUGGAUCCCCGCUGCCUAAUCUUCCACCCAAGUUCCCUAUCAUGCCAGUAUGUCUUCCAGCAGUACCAUGUUUGCAGCAUGUUCCGUCAUCGGCUGGUCUUACCAAUACACUAGUGGGACCAUAGCAAGUAUUUGUGUUGCAAUCAGUAGCAUGGAUUAGAUUUCUUUUACAUCGUAUGUAUAGGUCUGGACUAUUAUAAUAAUAUGAGUUAUA